GCUAUCGGGGCAGCAGCACCGUCGAGGCGGCAUUUGAGAUCUGCGGCCAAAUGAAUUCAGUACGAGAACACAAGCGACUAGGCGAAACCAUCUGUCGCCAAAUGCGGCUGGCUCUGCUUAUGCUGGGCCUAUGGGCGGUGCGGACGCAGGCCCUGGGUUUUGACUGGCUGACCCCUAUGCCUGACAUUACCAUCGAUGAGUGCCUUUGAUCUGUGCGAACAGACGGCCAACGAGACGAAAAUUGAGCUCUGUAUAGACGAGGAGGUGGAGCGACUACAAAUUGAGCUGGGCGCCAGCGAAGUGUGUGGCAAUCUCCACAUCUGUGACACCCUGGAGAAUGAUCUCGAUUACUUCAAGUGCAUCAGCGAUAAUGGGAGUCGCAAUAUUGUCAUUCUCUCCGAAAUCACAUACAAUUCCACCAGUGCUGUCACGCGACUUCGGGAGGACUACGAUGAUGUGUAUCGCACCUAUCUACUCUGCACCCUGGACGCCCAGAGGAACUACAUGGAAAACCUGCGUGAGGCCUACACGGAGAUCAGCCAGUUCCGACUCGACGCAGGCGAUUAUUUGGAUUAAAGAGCACAGAUAUGUGUGGUAGAU